GAAAUUCCUUUGGUUGCAACUUUAUCCUGUUAACGGCAAUACGCACCCAUCUCCAUCCAAAACAGACCCAAGGUAAAGGAAGCGUGGAAAUGUGCUACUGGACAAAACUUUCAGUAUCGUGGGUGCCGUUGUUCUUUCUACUCAGCCUUGUUCCCUCUACUGAGACAGACAGACCCUCAGCCCAGGACAGCGGCGGCUCUGGGAGUCCAGGCCAACUGGCAGACGUACUACGGGUUCUCGCUGCCGGAGAUCACCCACCCCUCAACCUCUCAAGAAGCCUCAUCAGAACAUUGUUGGAACAAACUGGGUGCCCACGGAGGAGAAAUGGAAUGCACGGAGAUUGCAGUCUGUGCUUUGAACCGGACGCACUGUUACUAAUAGCUGGUGGAAAUUUUGAAGACGAGUUUAGGGAGGAAGUGGUCCAGAGAGUUUCUCUUCUCCUCCUCUAUUACAUUAUUCAUCAGGAAGAAAUCUGCUCUUCAAAGCUCAACAUGAGUAAUAAAGAAUAUAAAUUUUACCUACACAGCUUACUGAGCCUCAGGCAGGAUGAAGACGCCCAUUUCCUUUCCCAGAACGAGACAGAAGAUAUCUUGGCUCUCACCAGGCAGUACUUUGACACUUCCGGGAGCCAGUGCAUGGAAACCAAAACGUUGCAGGAAAAGUCUGGAAUACUGAGCGGCAGUGGUGCUGAUGAAAACACACUGCCUCGGUUGGCAGUGACAAUCAUCGCUUUGUCCCUCCAAGGUGUUUGUCUGGGACAAAGAAACUUGCCUUCGCCAGACUAUUUUACAGAAUAUAUUUUCAGUUUUGUGAAUAGUACAAAUACCCUCCACCUAUCAGAACUAGACCAACUUCUCAACACUCUCGUGACCAGAAGUACCUGUAUCAAAAUGGAUAAAACUCAUCAACUUCAAAAACAAAACAUGACUAUCCAUGACUGGGGCUACCCUAUUCUAUCUGAAUCUGUAGACAAAGAGUCAGAUGGGCCAAUUUCCUGGGAUCAGACUUGCUUCUCUGCUAGGCAGCUGGUGGAGAUAUUUCUACAGAACAGCCAUGUUGCAUCCAUUUCUAAGGAGGACUUCAAGCAAAUGAGUCCCGGCAUCCUCCAGCAACUUCUCAGUGGCUCUUGCCAGCUGCCCAAGGACCAGCAGGCGAAGCUGCCGCCCACCACUCUGGAGAAAUAUGGCUACAGCACAGUGGCUGUGACCCUUCUCACGCUGGGCUCCAUGUUCGGGACUGCACUGGUCCUUUUCCACAGCUGCGAGGAGAACUACAAGCUCAUUUUACAGCUGUUUGUGGGCUUGGCUGUUGGAACACUCUCUGGAGAUGCUCUGCUCCACCUCAUCCCACAGGUUGUCGGUUUACAUAAGCAGGAAGCCCCAGAAUUUGAACAUUUCCACGAAAACAAAGGCCAUAUUUGGAAAAUGUUGGGAUUAAUCGGGGGCAUCCAUGGGUUUUUCUUGAUAGAAAAAUGUUUUGUUCUUCUUGUAUCACCAAAGGACAAGGGCCUGUCACAGGUUAAUGGACAUGUGGGACAUUCCCACCAUCUUGCACUCAACUCUGAAUUAAGUGACCAGGCAGGCAGAGGCAAAUCUGCUUCAACUAUCCAGUUGAGAGGCCCAGAAGAUUCACAGGCAGCUGAAAUUCCCAUAGACAGUGUGACAGCCUCCAGCAGAAAAUGCAAAGCCAUUAGCUUGUUGGCAAUAAUGAUUCUGGUUGGGGACAGCCUGCAUAAUUUUGCAGAUGGCCUAGUGAUAGGAGCAGCCUUCUCAUCCUCAUCGGAGUCAGGUGUGACCACCACAGUUGCUAUCUUGUGUCAUGAAAUUCCGCACGAAAUGGGAGACUUUGCUGUCCUCUUAAGCUCUGGACUUUCUAUCAAGACUGCCAUCCUGAUGAAUUUCAUAAGUGCUUUGACUGCCUACAUAGGACUAUACGUUGGCCUUUCAGUGUCAGCUGAUCCCUGUGUUCAAGACUGGAUUUUCACAGUCACUGCUGGGAUGUUCUUAUAUCUAUCCUUAGUGGAAAUGCUUCCUGAGAUGACUCAUGUUCAAACACAACGACCCUGGGUGAUGUUUCUCCUGCAGAAUUUUGGAUUGAUCCUAGGUUGGCUUUCUCUCCUCCUCUUGGCUAUAUAUGAACAAAAUAUUAAAAUAUAAGUUAGCAUCCUCAAAA